AUGUUUGGCCUAGAGGAAGAUGGCGCCUCAGGGCGCGAGAAAUGCUACACCACCAUAGCCAGCCUGCCUCAGUUCAUUGACCCCAAGCAACCUCCCACCAAGCAGUCCCCAUUCUCUACGAUUCUGAGCAAUCACUUCGUGCAUACGGUUGAAGUUACCAUGCCCAAAGAAAUUUACUCUUCCAUUGAGAGCCAAUUAAAUUCCAAGCUGCAAAAGCUUCAAUAUGCUCGCCUUUCUAUGACACUUUCGUUAUUGAUUGACGGAGACUUCUUCAACACCUAUAUCAAAACAGGAAACAUUCUUAUGAUAUCUGAAGGCCGGUCAGGGCUGGACAGUGUCUACACCCUUAUAGACGGAGUUCUAAAGCUAGAACUCGGCAAAGAGGACUACGAAAAGACAGGGUUGACGGGUAAACCUGUCCGCACUGGUGCAAAGAAGCAUGCAAAGGAGAGGUUCGUCGUCGAGCUCAACUUACGGCUGCCAUCAAUGCUGCAUGGCAAGAAGGGCUUCCAAAGGAUAGAAUGGGCUUUCAAGAACGUCCUGAACAAGCCCACACAAUGGCUAUUCUUUGAUCUGGGCACGGACUCCACAGGUGUAGCAGAAGAUGACCAAUCACUAAAGGGCACCAACCCCGAACUCAUCCCCUGCUCACCAGUCCUCACAACCCACCAAAACAUCACAACACCCUCCUUCUCAGAUUUUAACAUCGCAGCGCAGUCCGAGUUAGACAUGAGGGAUAUCUGCGGCGAGAUCUCCGAAUGGCUAGCCUUGGUGUCUCUGCGAUCUGGCCGUGUUUCCGCAUACGACGAUAUAGAUCCGUACCUGUGCCGAUAUGAUGCGCCAGAGAUAGGGACGAACAGUGCCACUGAUCUCGUCAGCCUGAAGUGGCGCGGGUUCAUUCCUCCCAACUGGAUUCUGCAGUUGUUUAUUACAUUUUUCCGAGAAACUGCACCUCGGAUUACCGGGACGCCGGCCUGGUUUGCUCUCUCUGCAAGUACCCUUGGAAGAGACGCAGUCGAGAGUAAAGAUGGGUAUACAAUCAUGGCGUUGCCCGCGGUAAGUUCCGCUAGUGCUGGGAAUAGUGCCCAUGAAGACGAAAAUGCGAAGGCAAUGGACGCUCGCCACUUCAUUUCCUGGGAAUAUAUAGGUGCGUCGAUAUUAUGA